AUGUCACUUAUUACAGACCACUGUCAGACGUGCCGAGGCGAACAAUUACAGAGCGAGGAUGCUUCCAUCGAGCGAAUUCUCAGUCUCAAUAAUGACAACCCCUCCACCUCCAACAACUUCAGUGUCGACUCCACGAAUGCCUCUCAAUCAACAUCGCUCCUCAAUGAGAAUGGAGAACCUAUAUGGAAGGUCCUUGUCUUUGACAAUCUUGGACGGGAUAUUAUAAGCAGUGUUCUGCGUGUCAAUGACCUGCGGAGCAAAGGAGUGACGAUACAUUUAAACAUAAACUCACCUCGAUAUCCGAUACCAGAUGUCCCUGUCCUCUACCUCGUCGAACCUACGGCGGCGAAUAUCCAAACCAUCUGUUCUGACCUCGCUCGAGGACUGUAUACUCCAGCAUACGUCAACUUCAUCUCCUCGAUCUCUCGUCCUCUUCUUGAAGACUUUGCCGCUCAAAUUGCUUCCACAAAUACCUCGGAAUCCAUUGCUCAAGUGUACGAUCAAUAUUUGAACUUUAUCGUCGCUGAACCGGACCUGUUCAGCCUGGGCAUGGGAAAAGAGUCGUAUUGGACAUUUAACAGUGCCAAAGCCGAGGCCGAUGCCCAAGACGCCGCCAUAGACAAGAUUGUGAGCGGCCUGUUCAGUGUCAGCGUGACCAUGGGAUCAGUGCCCAUAAUUCGAUGUCCUCAGUCGGAGUUGGCCAAAGUGAUUGCGACAAAGUUGGACCGCAAAUUGAGAGACCAUGUCCUCAACUCCAAAGACAAUCUGUUCUCCUCCAAAGGGUCCGCGGCGAACGUGUACUCGACUCCUUCACGACCAGUAUUGAUAAUCCUGGAUCGAAAUGUGGACCUGGUGCCCAUGUUAUCUCACUCAUGGACCUAUCAGUCGUUGGUCCAUGAUGUUUUGAAAAUGCACUUAAAUCGGAUCACGGUGGACGUCGCAGAGGAGGGCAACACCACCGCCAAACCUCGAGCCUACGACCUCAACGCGAGCGAUUUCUUUUGGGCCCGUAACGCGAGUGCACCAUUCCCUCAGGUGGCCGAGGAUAUCGACAAGGAACUUACACAAUACAAGAUGGAUGCAGAAGAAGUCACCAAGAAGACGGGUGUCAACAGCAUUGAAGAUCUGAAUGAUAGUUCAGCGUCCGCCGCACAUUUGAAGGCAGCCAUAACGUUGUUGCCUGAAUUGCGGGAGCGGAAAGCGACGCUUGAUAUGCACAUGAAUAUCGCCACGGCCUUACUGAAAGGCAUCAAGGAUCGACAGCUGGACAACUUUUUCCAAUUAGAGGAAAACAUUACCAAACAGACUGCCGACCAAAUGUUGACCCUUAUCAAGUCCGACGAGAAAGGAAACAACCCAUUGGAUAAGCUGCGGAUAUUCCUAAUCUGGUAUUUGAGCGUCGACAAAGAACCAUCCAAAUCCGAACUCUCGGAUUUCGAAGCCGCGUUGACGAGUGCCGGAGUCGGUGAUGCUGUUGCGGCCAUCAAACACAUUUCCAAUGUCAGACUUGAAACACGAGGUACGAUGAUGGCCUCGACGGUUUCAACAUCUCAACCGGCCCAAGCUCCGUUAUUCGGUGGCCUAUCCUCCCUCUCCAAGAACUUUACCGACAAAAUAUCCUCAUCUACUUUCGGGAACGUGAACCUUGAAGCCCUCGUAUCAGGCGUCAAGAACUUCCUCCCCGCCAACCGAGACUUGACGGUUACCAAGAUCGUCGAAUCUAUUAUGGACCCACCAGCCGCAUCAUCGUCUGCAAUUGCUAAGACGGAGAAUUACCUCUACUUUGACCCACGCAGCGCCCACGCCCGCGGCACACCCGGUGGCUCUAAUCCACCUUCAAGAAGUGGUCAACCGACGACUGGUGUGACCCCGAGCUUCGGCCAGCGCCGGCAAGGGUACACUGAGGCAAUCGUCUUCACCGUCGGAGGUGGAAGUAUGGACGAAUACGGUAAUUUGCAAGAGUGGGUGAAGAGAACCACUGGACAAGGCGCGAGUGGUGGAGGGGUUGGCUCUGUGCCACGCACCAGGAGGGUCAUGUAUGGCAGCACUGAGCUGGUCAACGGCGAAGACUUCCUACAAGAGUUGGUCAGAUUAGGACGAGACGGAUGA